UCUUUCCUCCAUCAGUAACAUGUUCCCAGCCAACUUGGUCCAAGCAACAUUUCAGCAAUAUCGCACAAAGAGCAUCCCUAUCAUGAAGUCUAAACCCACCAUUGGUCAGGACGUACUAGACACCACCACCAGACGGAUCUUCAUUUAUGGAAUCCAGGAUGACAAUGGCACAGACGUCCAGAACUUCUCCCUUGACCUGACGCCACCUCCGGAUGUGGUCUUCAGAACGCUUCCUGGCACCAGUGAGGGCAUGAACGUCCUCGGUAUCGUGAUCUUCUCAGCUACUAUGGGAAUCAUGCUUGGAAGAAUGGGACCAAAUGGCAGCGCUCUUGUCAACUUCUGCCAGAGUCUGAAUGAAGCUGUGCUGAAAAUUGUGGCCAUUGUUAUAUGGUACUUCCCAUUUGGAAUUGUGUUUCUGGUGGCUGGGAAGAUCUUGGAAAUGGACGACCCUUCAGCUAUGGGAAAGAAACUGGGCUUCUACGCUAUCACUGUGGUCAUGGGGCUGGUGCUUCACGGCCUGUUCAUUCUGCCUUCCAUGUAUUUCUUCAUUACGAAAAAGAGCCCCAUCGUCUACAUCCGAGGGAUUUUACAGGCCCUGCUCAUCUCAUUAGCUACUGCAUCCAGCUCUGCCACGCUGCCUAUCACAUUUAAGUGCCUCCUGGAGAACAACCACAUCGACCGCCGCAUCAUUCGCUUCGUACUUCCUGUUGGCGCCACUAUCAACAUGGACGGCACUGCCCUAUAUGAGGCCGUGGCAGCCAUCUUUAUAGCUCAAGUCAACAACUACGAGCUAGACUUUGGGCAGAUCAUCACUAUCAGCAUCACGGCUACAGCAGCCAGUAUCGGUGCUGCUGGCAUUCCACAGGCCGGCCUGGUAACCAUGGUGAUAGUGUUAACCUCAGUGGGACUUCCUACAGAUGACAUCACUCUUAUUAUUGCUGUGGAUUGGGCCCUGGAUCGGUUCAGGACGAUGUUCAGAACCAGGAAAGCCCAUCCUGUAGAGAGUGACGACCACCGCUCCACCAAGACCGAUGUUGUGCUGCAGGGCGACCUUUGCCCUGGGGACCUGCCGAGGCCCCGCCUCCCCCCUCAGCUGCCAGCACAGCUCUGCACACUGAGCCAGACCUGA